GCAACAAAUGUUUGUUUUUUCAAGCAAAGAAAAUUGAAAAAAUAUUCGAGAUGCAACAGUUGAUCAAUGACUAAAUUAAUGGCCAGCUAUUUCUGAUGGUCGUUUAAUCGGUUCAAGUAGUUUUAACGUCAACAUUCGAUGAUUUCAUCUUCUUAAAUAAUUGCAGUUCACUAAAAAGUCGGAGCCGAGGCGGACACGUAAACGCAUCACCACCCGGUAGCGCAGUCGGAGGAGUCGGACUCAUUAACAGACAGGGAUGAUGGCGGGGCUGUGGAGAUCCUACCAGGCGCUGAUGAGCAGAUACCCCUGGAGAGUGCAGAUUGUGACUGCAGGGUCGUUGGUGGGCGUCGGCGACGUCAUAUCCCAACAGCUGAUCGAGCGGCGAGGUCUGGCUCAUCACAACGUGCAGCGGACGGCCAAGAUGAUGAGCAUCGGCUUCUUCUUCGUGGGACCGGUCAUCGGGAGUUGGUACAAAGUGUUGGACAGACUCGUCGUCGGAGGAACUAAAAGUGCAGCGAUGAAGAAAAUGCUGCUUGACCAGUUGUGUUUCGCUCCGUGCUUCCUGGGGGCGUUCCUCUCCAUCUCCGGCGCUCUGAACGGACUGACGGUGGACGACAACAUCACCAAGCUCAAGAGGGACUACACAGACGCCCUGAUCUCAAAUUACUACCUUUGGCCUCCGGUGCAGAUCGCAAACUUCUACUUCAUUCCACUUCACCACAGGUUGGCCGUCGUCCAGGUCGUCGCCGUCGGCUGGAACUCCUACCUGACGUGGAAGGCCAAUAAGAUGUGACGGACGGGCACAAGUCCCGCCUGCUGUUGUUGUCGACGAUGAUAAUGAUGAUUUUACACUCAUUUGCUGUGUGUGUGAGUGUGUGUGUGAGAGAGAGAGAGAGAGAGAGAGGAUGAGAGAGGAUGAGAGAGGAUGAGAGAGAGAGAGAGAGAGAGAGAGAGAGAG